UUCAGGGAAGCAGUUGGAGUAGAAAAAAAAUAUUUUCUUUCUGUAAUAAAAAUCUGCCCAGUGCGGUGUUAAGCACACACUGGAGCAGCAACAGCCCCCCCCCCCCAUGGACCCUCGGAGCUUAACUUUGACUCAGCGGUGCGUCCGUCGAUAGCGAACACACCGGGGCCGGGACCAGGCCGGGACAGACGGACACGGACAGCACUGCGGGCCGCUGUAUGAGGGGCAUGCUGUCGGUAAGAGGACGAGCAGCUCCGUGUGUGUAGGCAGAGGCAGAAAGUUACCCGGUAAAGAAACUCGGAGCAUGGGGCUCACGUCUAGCUAACGGUGGUCGGUCCUAACUCGAGUAUGAACGCUGGGGUCGGGUUAAAGUGAAAGAAGAGGGGUUCCUUUGCUUGUUUAAAGGCCUGAUAAAUGUUUCUUCGCUCCGUCGUUAGCUGCUCCGUUUAGCCUCCCCGCCUCAAAUGAAAGAGUAUAAAGUGGUGGUGCUGGGCAGCGGCGGCGUCGGCAAGUCCGCGCUGACCGUCCAGUUUGUCACCGGUACCUUCAUCGAGAAGUACGACCCGACCAUCGAGGACUUCUACCGUAAGGAGAUCGAGGUUGACUCCUCUCCCUCCGUGCUGGAGAUCCUGGACACGGCGGGGACAGAGCAGUUCGCCUCCAUGAGAGACCUGUACAUCAAGAAUGGACAGGGCUUCAUCCUGGUCUACAGCCUGGUCAACCAGCAGUCUUUCCAGGACAUAAGACCAAUGCGAGACCAAAUAGUGCGAGUGAAGCGCUUCGAGAAGGUGCCGUUGAUCCUGGUGGGGAACAAAGUCGACCUGGAGUCUGAGCGCGAGGUCGCAGGGUCAGACGGGCGAGCUCUGGCUCAAGAGUGGGGCUGCCCUUUUAUUGAAACUUCUGCCAAGAGCAAGACCAUGGUGGACGAGCUGUUCGCCGAGAUAGUCCGACAGAUGAAUUAUUCCACGCUGCCGGAGAAGCAGGAACAGUGCUGCACGGCCUGUGUGGUACAGUGAAGAAGAGAUGCACCAUCUGUGUGGAUCACUGCAAGCAUUUUGAUGAACCAUGAACAACCAAACUUUUGACUUGACAAAACUUUAUCGCAGCUGGUGAAGUUUCUGACUUUCUGUCACAGAGCAUCUGACAGGAAAGACGUCGUUCCUAUUUUUGAUAUCAUAACUGUUAGAAGACGUUUUCUGCUGCAACCUUAACGGCCUUUGUGAUGUCCUGGGAUGGAGCUGUUCUUCAGAAGACAGACUGACUUGGAGCGAGCUCGGACAGCCAUCUGUGAAUUUCAGUCUCUCCCUUUUUUUUCUCCUUUUAGUCGGAAGUAUCCCUGAAGUAAUAAGCAAGAGUGUUUGUGAGGUUGCAGCUUCUUUUUAAAGCUGCUUUAAGCACUAUUAUAUACUUUAUUAUUAAUUGUAUUAUGUCUCAAGUUUGGAGUUUGAAAAAGUAUUUCAUAUUAUUGACACAUUUUUACUUUUCAGCAUGCAUACUUAAGGAGCUCAUGAGUUGCUGCCCAGGUUUACGGUUCGUUUUAUUCAGCAAACCUUGAAUUACACCUAAACUUUAUUAAACUUAAGCUUUUAAGCUCGAGGAAACUUGAUUAAACCUGUGACAUUUUCAUGAAGGGAUGGUCAUUUUAUCCACCCUCUGGUAUAAAUUUUAAGAAUCUUCCUUUUUUUUUAUCGCAGUAGCCUGAGGCAGCUUAGCUCAACCGAAACUAGGCAUGCUCAAAAUUGAAAAUGUCCUACUAAAUCAACUUGAAGUGAUAAGAAGAGCCAUUUUACUGUGUUUAGCCUGAAUUCUGUCAAACAUCUGGAACUUUAUUGCUGUGCUGUACAAGGCGUGAGCCACGCAGAGGCAGGAGGUCUUCCAAAUAUCCAGUUUUCUCGAGGAGUCUCUGUCGGAGAAUGAUUUUGGAAAGACCAAAGGAAGCUCACGGUGCAUAUUUGUGUUUGACUCCAUGAUGUGUGUUGCUUUAAAUCCAGGAGACGCUGAUUCGUGUCAUAAAAUAACUCCCGCUGCAAUGUGGUUUGAUAAAAGUUCUGGCACAUUUAAGCAGAUUUAACAUUGUAUUCUUUUUUUUAUCAUAGUAACCUAUUUAUUAAAAACUAAUGACAUGGGUAGCCAGUUUUAAACAUUUAAUUUUAUACUAGGUUUUUUUUGCUUUUCGUGACUUUUCAGGAUACAUGGUAUAUUCUUUUUUUUGUUUUGUUUUGUUUUUUAAGCUGAGAAUUUAACAGAGCCUUAAAUAAUUUCUGUUGCACCCUGGUCUCAUGUUUCUUUUUUUCUCUCUUAAGACAAACCGCUGUUAUCAGCUGGUAAUAAAACAUGUUGGCCUUCUGCUUUCGUCAUGAGACACAGUUAAAGUU